GUUCUUGUGCUUCUGCGCUUCUGCUUCAGCUUCACCAGCAAUGGCUUCGCUCCAGCUUUACCUUCCAUUCUCCACCGGUCCAUCUCUACCCAAUUUCCGGUUCAGACGCAUUCCGGUCCGAUCCUCCAGCGAGCGACAGGCUCUCUUCAACCGCAUUGCCCCUGUCUACGACAGCUUAAAUGAUUUGCUGAGCUUGGGUCAGCACAGAAUCUGGAAAAGAAUGGCUGUGUCAUGGAGUGGUGCAAAAAUGGGUGAUAGUGUAUUGGAUUUGUGCUGUGGAAGUGGGGAUAUAGCGUUUCUGUUGUCUGAGAAAGUUGAGGUCAAUGGCAAGGUGAUUGGUUUGGAUUUUUCAAAAAAGCAGUUAUCGGUUGCGUCUUCCCGGCAGAAGGUGAAGUCCAAAGCCUGCUACAUGAACAUUGAGUGGGUUGAAGGUGAUGCACUUGAUUUGCCAUUUUCUAAUGGUCAAUUUGAUGCUAUAACUAUGGGUUAUGGGCUGCGAAAUGUAGUAGACAAACAUAAGGCAAUGCAGGAAAUUUUUAGAGUUUUGAAAGCAGGCUCAAGAGUGUCCAUCCUUGAUUUUAAUAAGAGUACCAACCCAGUAACUGCCUCAUUUCAGGAAAUGAUGAUUGACAAUGUUGUUGUCCCUGUGGCUUCUGGUUUUGGCCUUGAAGAGGAUUACAAAUACUUAAGGAGAUCAAUCAGGGAAUUUUUGACAGGGGAGGAGUUGGAGAAGCUCGCUUUAGAUGUAGGUUUUUCUGAUGCGAGAUAUUAUGAGAUUGGUGGAGGCCUUAUGGGGAACUUGGUAGCCACCCGCUGAGUUUCAUGCUCUCUUUUAUAUUUCAAAAUUGUGUUUUGUUGAAGAUGAUGCAUGUGUCUUCAUAAAUAAGAAAGUUCUUAGGCUUCAAACA